AUGGGUAACGGCACUGUUGCCAGUAAAUUCAAAUUAACCACAAAGGUGCAACUAAACCAAUCAAAUCUCCGUACACCGCUCGCACCAAAGCCCGACAUUGCUACAGCUACAGCAACAGCAACAGCAACCCCCAGAACACAUCCAACCUUGGACAAAGAAGUAAAUUCACUGGCAGCUACAGCCAGUGGUGUAGCAACGGGUACGGUGAAAGAAGCAAUAAAAUCAGCAAGUGCAGCAAAUACAGAAAAUGGAACAAAUACAAUAAAUACAACAAAUACAACAAAUACAUCAAAGCCAACACUUUCAGCACAACCAUCAACCGAUCCUAACACCACUGCAACAGCAGCAACAGCAACAACAACAACAGUAGCAGCAUUGGCAGCAGUAUCCACCGCCAACUCAAAUACCAAUACUAGCACCAAAACUCCUCAACCUUCUUCUCAAACAGCUAUGCAAUUUGGCUCUCAACCUACUCUUAUUAAACCAAAAACAAGUGCAACAUUUGCAACAAUGAAACAAAAAUCACACUCACCAGAGAUUGAAAGUCUCACAAGCCACCACCCUAGCAAUUGCAAUAGAUGCUACAGGUUAAAGAAAAAAUGCACAAGAACCUAUCCCAAAUGCUCACAUUGCGAAAGGACCAACUCCCUGUGCGAGUACGUCGAUAGAAGCAAAAAGAGAAGGAAAAUAGGCGAAGAAUUUAGCAAUGGAAACUUGGGCCAUUCCCAAAUAUCGACAAUUAGUCAUGUCAAAUCCAACCUCACACCAACUAAACAUAUAGCACCCAACCACAAACAAAUGUCAGUGUCAUCUCUAUUGUCCACAGACUCCAACGAUGAUCAAACAAGAGCAAGAGAAAUACAAAAGAACUUCAAAGUGCCUACUGCGGCAUUAGCUUCGAGUGCUCGCCGUGCAAGAGAAAAGGAAAAAGACACACUUGUAGGGAAACUUAACCACAAAAGCACACAGGCACCUCGCUUCUCGAAUUUAAAUGAAGAGUUUAUUUCAAUAAAAGCAAUCACAACCGACCCUAAACUACCAGUAAUAUUUGCUUUGAACUACUUUGAAAAUUUUGGAAACAAGUACCCUUUUAUCAACAAAGUGGAUUUUUUGAAAAAAUUAGACCAAACCGAUUUUAGUAAAGAUUCCAUUGUCAAUUUGGAUGUAUACAUCUUGUUAAGCAUAGGAUGUAUAUUGCACGACAUGAAAUGCUUGAAUGAAAACUUCAAACUGUAUUUCAAAACCAAGAACAUAGAGAGUGUACUUGAUGUUCUUGACUUGUCCUUUGCAACCUAUAACCCAGAGCAGAUUCAACUUUUGCUACUUCUUUGCAUAUACGGAGUAACAUCUUUCAACAUUGACUUUGUGUGGAAUUUAAUUGGGAUCUUGAACCGGGCAGUUGUCAAAUUCGAAUUGUACAAGAAGUUAUCUGAGGACCCCACUGCAGAGAGGAUUUUUUGGUCGGUUCAUAAUUUGGAAAAAGAAGUAAGUUUACUAUUAAGAAAGCCAAGUCUGUUUCUCAAAUACGAGUAUUUUUCAUCCCAAAGUAUAUCAAAGCUUCUAUAUGAAGAUGAGAAUCUAUCAUUGAUUAAUCAUUAUAUUUCGCUUGGUAAGUUUCACGACUCCUUAAUCGAUUCAAUUUUGAAAAACUCAAGAGAAAAACUCACCGAAAUCUCGAGCAACAUAGGUAAUUGGGUAGGAGCCCUAACCAAGGAUAUUAGUCUUAAAUUUGUUUCUCAACCAGCUUUACAAGACCUCAUACCAUUUGCCAACGUGCAAAGCUAUUACUUGCAAACUGAAAUUGAUCAAAUAUCAACCACAAAGAGCUUUAUGUUUCCAUCACAGUUUAUCUUUUAUUCCCUCACGAUGUUGAUUUCGGCCCUGGAUAAGUCAAACACUUUUGAAAGCAAACCCAACACUAAGAUUACUCUCAUUGCAUCGGGAUUCUGGUAUUUACAAUUAUUUACUGUUAUUCAAACCAGUAUAGACUGUCUCAAGCAUUUCAUUGAGGCUAAGGAAGCACAAGAGAAUGUUCAAUCAAGAAUUAAUGAAUUUAAUGGUAUUUCGCAGCAGGCUGUGAAUUUAUUAAAGUAUAUCAGAGGUAAUAAAACAUCAAGGUUUUUGGAAGGGUACAAGAAACUUGAUAAUCAUGUUGAUAAACUCAUUGAAACUCUAGAGUCCUUGGGUAUCAAAUUGUUAGCUCGUAAAGAAGACGAUACGGCUGCGAUAAUCAACACAUUAGACAAGGUGGUUGAAGAGGUAACUUUUAAGAUAUAA